UCCUGUGCUCUUUCAGCGAAAACCUAAUCAAUAGAAAUUCCAGAAUUUAAAAAAAAGUAAAUAAACAAUACCGAUUACAUUUUACAAACAUGGAUGUAUAUGCAGACAACGCAUUACUUGGGGACACACCAUUUGUGGAUAAACAGUUUAAUAUUCGUAAAUCCAAUAAUUCAAACAUUAUCAAAAUAGGAUGUUGUUUAAGUGUAUUGAUAUUUUUCUGCUUGGUAACAAUUUUUAUAUUAAUUAUAUUGAAUCUCUUGCAUAUCUCGCCGCUACAGAAUGAGCAAGUUAACAUUAUAACCAAAGAAACACAGUAUCAUAUAUUGCUACCGACACAUGCCACGAAUGAUACGACUGCAGUGCAAAACGCGAAAAAAGUGCCGUAUAUUAAAGUACCAACAACAGAAUCGGCAGUGUUAAUCCUGAUGUUUAUUUCAGGAUAUUUUAUAACACAUGAGAAUACCACAGACACAAAGGAAUCAAACAGGAAGGACAAUACAUUUCCUAUAGCACAGCCAAUUCAAAUAGUAAAAGGCAGCUAUUCAUCGACAAAUGUGUUUAUAGAUACUGAUCCUCCUUUGAAAGCCUCCGGUGGAAAUAUUUCGACAGGUGUGAGGAUAUCCUCCGACGGUUUAUACUACCUUUACGCCUGUAUACAGAUUUCCUGCUAUUGUAAGUCAAAAGCAGACGUUACUAUUUAUGGGAUAACUCAUUAUAUUCAAAUAAACUCUGGAAAUUCGAACAAAACUAUUGUGGAAAAGACAAUACAGAUUCCUCAUGGCAUUGGAGUUUACAAAACGAGUACCAUGUUUGUUCCAGUUCAGUUGAAGAAACACGAUGUAGUUAGUAUGCACCUUUCUGACGAUACUUACGUUUAUAAUUCUAGGAAAUCUAAUGUUAUAGGUGUAUUCCUGAUGUCACAAUCACUUUGACCAAUUCAUUAAAUUCAACUCUCAUAUAA